GAUAUGCGGCGGUUUAGUCAUUUCAGCACUAGACCCCAGUGGGGUAAGACCGGAGAAAUCAUGGUGCGUAAACGGUUCAUCUUUGGCUUGAUAAGCCUUCAUUUGAUGAUGGGUUGCACUGCUGGUGACGAGAUGUGUGAGGCCUCCAUUAGAGGGGCGGGUCCUUCUAGUUGGAUCAAGUGGGGCGGCAAAUACUACAAAGCCAUCAUAGAGCCUCUGACUUGGUCUGAGGCAAAAAAAGAGUGCAUCAAGAUGGGAGGUGCCUUGGUCUUGCCACAGUCCGAUGAGGAAACUGAUUUCCUCAAAACGCUAGUGUUACAGCCGGGGCAACAGCGUACAGACUUGUUUUGGAUCAAUUGCAACGAUCUCGAGGAAGAAGAUACUUGGAAGUGUCAGGAUGGUACUGACGAAGUGGAGUACAGGAAUUGGGACACUCAUUUGGGCAGCCAACCUGACGGCAGAGGUUAUGAGAACUGCGCUGAGGUAUGGUCAGGAGGGAAAUGGAAUGACGUGGAUUGUGAUAAUCUAGUCCCUGCAAUAUGCAUCCGACCUGCACCACAGCUGCACUUUUAAGAACCCAAUGUCAUUAUGAACUGGUCAAUAGUCUCCUUGCGACUAUACAGAUUUCAAACAGCUAUCCGAAUCAAAACAAAAACUCAUUCUGGCCAAUAUACGUGGACUUUGUCGAAACACAUCUAUAGAAAUGACAUUGACGAGAAUGUAAAUACUUUGAUGUUAGAGUCUUUAAUGUGAUACAUAAGACAGAAACUAUUGUUAUUUUUAGAAAGUGGUUCAAAAAUCAUAAAUUGAAAACUUCUGUCUGUGCUGUUUUCAAGUUUAACCCAGAAACAAAAACUUAAUUGCUAUUUUUCUGAAAUACAUGUACGAAAGUUACUCACUUUUUAAAUGAGACAAGAAGAAAAGUCCACGUUUAGCUAUAUGAAAUAAUUGUACAUGUACUUUUCAAAUUGAUUGAAGUCAGACAAUAACUCAAAGUUGAGUCGAAUGGUAGGCUAGUUUCCGUCACUAUCAGAGUCGAUAAAAUACAGGGCGAGUCAACAAAAUACGAAACCAA